AUGAUGAUGCCCAUCUCCACCCCCCUCCUUCUUCUACUCCCCCUCCUCUCAAUCUCAUCCGCAACGCCCACCCCCGCCUCUCCGGCACUCGCCCCGCGCACGCCGUCGACAGCGUCCAGCGCCGCCGCAUGCCCGAUACCGAACUGGACAGUGCGCAACCUGACGGUGACGUACAGCGCGGAGACGUACACGCCGGGGACGGCGUGGAUGACGCUGGCGGAGAACAAUUCGACGGGGGCGGCGGUGGGCGAGGAGGCGCUCAGCUGCGAGGUGUCGUUCAACUACCGGGCCAGCAUCGAGGGCACGCCGGCGCACCCGAAUCUGAAAGUGCUCGUCUUCUUCAGCAUCGACACCGCCUUUGUCACCAUCAACCAGACCUGGUUGUGUCCGGCCAAUGACGCCGAGCUGGGGAACCCGCCUGGGACGUCGUCUUUUGUCAUUGGCCUGGCCGAAGUGUCGCUGGCUUGCCCGGAACCGCCCGAGGACGGCAUGACGUGCGCGUCAAAGGACGCUGUCGCCGCCAAUGGCGUGGUGCAGGUCAUGUAUCCUGAAGCGCUAGAGACAAAGAGUUAG